UUGUUUAAGACUAAUUUAAUUGUUUAUAAUAAAAAGAAAUUAAAAAAUUAAAUUUGAUGAGUGACCUUGAAUCUGUGUGAGAGAUCAACAAAUCAGGUAUCAAAAUAAUAACAAAACUAUUGAGAAAAAAAAAAAAAUAAACAUAUGGAUAUCAAUAAGAAAUAUACUUUUUUAUAAUUAUUUAAAAAUAAAAAAUAUAGCCUGAAGGUUUGUGAAAGUAUUUUUUAAUAAAUGCCACGUUGUUACAUUUCUCAAGUUUGUGGUAUGUGACAUUAAAAAAAAAAAAAAAAAAUUGUGAGUGUACCAGAUUAAAAAUAAAUCAUAAAUAAACAAAAGUGAUUAUAAAAGUAAUUAAAAGAACGAUUUUUUAAAAUCAACAAAAAAAAUAAAAAGUAAUUUCAAUAGAUAAAAUAUUUUGGAGUAUUUUUUGUGAGUACAAUCUGUUGAGCAAAAAUGUCUGGACAAGUUAUCGACAAUCUUAUUGCUGAUGAAAAUUUUGAUGAUUUGUUUAAUAAAAAUUUGUUAGAUUGUUUGCCAAAUAAAAUAAAUGAUGUUAGUUUAUUGAUAAGACCACUUAGAGCAUCUGACUACAAUAAAGGCUUUCUCCAACUUCUUGGACAGCUGACAGAUGUGGGUAACAUCACCAAGGAAAAAUUCUUAGAUAGAUUUUACCAUAUGAAAAAAGCUGGAGGUUUUUAUGUUAUUGUUGUUGAAGAUGUUAAUUUAAAGAAAGUCAUUGGUGCAUCAACAUUGGUUGUUGAACAAAAAUUCAUCCAUAACUGUGCCUUGAAAGGAAGACUUGAAGAUGUUGUUGUAAAUAAAACUUAUCGAGGUAAACAACUUGGUAAAUUAUUAGUAUCAACAAUAACACAACUUGCUAAACAUCUACAAUGUUAUAAACUUGCACUUGAUUGUCGUGAUGAAUUGAUAUCAUUUUAUGAAAGUUUAGGAUACAAAAGAGAACCUGGUAAUGCAAAUGCUAUGAAUAUACGACUUGAAAAAACACCAGAAUAUUCUCGUUUAUAAUUCAAAAAUUAUAAAAAUAAAUUUUAACAAUAUA